AUGGGUAAGCGAAUUGCUGUGCGCAAGAUGUCGACUACUCGUACUACUUAUCUUCAUCCCAAUCUGCUUGGAAAGGAGUCGGAGGGUAGCCGGCGUCAACAGCCGGGUACCCAGGGGACAGUUGAAGCCGAGAUGGCAACGGAUCUAGUAGUAGAGAAGGCUUCCACACUCGGGGCGAGUACUCAUCCUCGACUAGAAGAAACGUCUUCGCCCGGAACAGAGGAACAGCCCCCGGUGACGGAAGCCGCCGGAGAUAAGAUGUGCCCGCCCUCGAAGAAGAAGAAGGUGCUGAAGCCUGAAGGUUCGGUGUCGCCCAAAGAUGCUUGCCACAAAGCCAAGCUGAUCCGUGAGGGCGCUGACCGGGAUCUUCUGCAGGCGCUGAAAACCACUCGGCAACAAGAAGAAAAUCUGGCCGCUGUAAAGACCGAGUUGAAAGAUCUGCAAGAAGCCGUAGAGUCCACCCUUGAUCUGAUCCCGGAGGAGGAGGAUGGCGAGGCAUCUCUGCUUGAACGCGCCAAGAUAGCACCCGGCCGCCUAAUGCAGUAUGUCAAGGACAUGGCUAAAGCCAUCGUGAAGAGUCUGCUAGGGAUCCUUCAUGCCCACAUGCCAAGGGCUGAGUUGACCGUGAUCCUUAAAAGGCCGGAAGGUUGCACUAACAAGGAACUAGCUGCCGCAGAGGGGCGAAUAGAUGAUUUGGCCACAUCUUAUGCGGGUAGCCUAGAUCUUGAAGGAUGA